AUGUCAACCCUGUCUACAGAAGUCAGAGCGCGCUAUCAUAUCGCCGUGUCUACCCGGUUUGUGGAGCGUCUCUCUGCCGCAGAUGGAACUGUCACGGCGGAGUACAUCUACCACCGGGCUCUCAACGAAAAUUUUAAGGACAUCACAGAUGUAGGGACGCUUCCGCACGGUAUAGCUUCCCAGGUAAGCAGCACGCUUACAAUCCCGGUUGUACUUCAAGUUAACAGCUCAAGGGAUGCUACGCAACCCCUUCGGCCAUGCGCCGAUUCAUGCGAGGAAGAAAUGAUAUUUGCGGCUGCGUUUCAGAAAACGACGAACACACGUCUUCUGCGUCUUGUCCUCUCUGAUGGACACUCGGAGAUACCGGCAAUUGAGCUCACUACCCUUCGCGUGUUUCGUGGUAUACCUGUUCCAGGGGAGAAGCUCCUUGUUAAAGAGGGGACACAAAUUAAAAAUGGGGCCAUCAUCAUGACGGAAGACUGUGUCGUGCCGCUUGGCGGAGAGGUGCUGCAGUUAAAGAAAGAAUUUCUUUCCAAGAGGAACCGAACUGAUGUUCCCUACCAGACCAGUCUGGGUCUAGAGGCGGCUCCGCGUUUCCAACCGCUUCGUGUGCAUUCUGCCAUAGCAGGUGGUGCGCCCAAUAGACAACCAGUGACAGCAGACCAGGGAGGAGGCUACGGUAGCAACCGUGGGAAAGGCGGAGGGCGUGGCUAUCGUGGAGGAAGAGGAUCGGGUCCACGAGAGCGAAACCGUCAUUGA